AUGGAUGACGAUCUGCUGGCCGCGACUGUGAUCCUCCGGCUACUGGAAGAAUUCGAUGUCCCACUGGCGGGAUCGGAUCUUCGUGGUCAUUCCUUUGGGACUAAAGCAUUCAUUCAGGGUCCGCCGCCCUCCACGACGACGACCCCAAGUCUACGACAGGCGGUAUAUUGGAGUGGACUUCGACAAGAGAUCUACAAUGCCCUGAGUUUACAGCAAGCACCGGAUAUUGACUUGAGCUCCCUUCACUCCCUGUUCACUGCUCUGGGACCCGAUGCUGGCGAUUGCGCGUGGGCAAAUCAAGCAAUUGCGCAUUGCGCUGAUGUUCUUCUAUUUUCGUUCGGCGACGGGCCCCGUUCGGUGGCGGUGCAUGAAAGCUUGCAGCAGAAGACUGAACAGUGGAGCGACGCGAGGCCAGCAUCGUUUGACCCCUAUUUUGUAGGUAGUGACGAGGUGGAGAUAGGUGCAAACUUUCCCGACAUUCGUUUCAGUUGUCCCUGGCACGCGAUUGGCAACCAAUACAACGAGCUGGCCCGCAUUCUGCUUUCGGUGCAUAACCCCGGACAUCCUACCGUGGGUCCCUUGCGGCGACGGUUUGUUCAGGAAGCUGAUUAUCAGAUCCGCAAGGGGGUCUGGACCGUCUGUGGUGUGGCGUUGGCUAACGACGCUGUGCCUCCAGCGAUGGUAGUGGGGUGCAUGGCAAUCCAUCUCUGUGGCAAUCGAUUCACGGAUCGGCAGGAACAAGAAAGGUUGAUCCAAAUCCUGAUCCGCACCGACUCAUCGCACGGAUGGCCAACUCAUGCGCUGCAACGCCAAUUGCGGGAGACCUGGGGGAUGUCUUGA